GAUAUGAGACAAUCAUAUCCACAAGCGAAUGUUUUGGAGACUGUGGAAAGUCGGUUUAAGAGGGUGCAGGUUUAUUCAAGUUUCAUUACAAGGAACACGUAACUCGGGUACGGAAAGGGUAAAACACUAAACCAUUGAAAGUCCUGCUUCGUGUUUCCUGAGUUUAACUUGAUACAAGUGAAAAGCGAGUUUAUUCUCACUGACUGUCGACCUUCACAACUUCACUUCACUGUAGGACAGAUCUUCUCAGAUUAUCUGUAAUGUAACUACAAAUCUGGUUAACUUUUAAGAGCAAAUUUGCAAAUUAAUAGGCUAUACUGGAGACGAAAAGAAGAAAAUGCUUUGCCUGUUGGCCUUGCUUUAUUAUUCGUGGCAUCUCAUCGGUGUGUUUGGUGUUGAGACAGAUGAAAUAAAGUCAGUGUUAGUGACGGAGGAAGAAUCUGUCACACUAAACACUGAUGUUUCUGUAACACAGAUAAAUAAGAUACUGUGGAAGUUUGGAGAUCAAGGUGUUCUCAUAGCUCUCUUAGAUGACAAUGAGGUCUCAUUAUUUAAUGGUACUGAAGGGCAAUUCAGAGACAGACUGCAGCUGGAUCAUCAGACUGGAUCUCUGACCGUCAUGAACAUCAGAACCACAGACUCUGGACCUUAUGAACUUAACAUCAAGGGAGGGCCAGGGGACCGAGUCAAGAAAUUCAAUGUUACUGUCUAUUCUUGCCUGCUCAUUCCUGUCAUCACCAGAGACUCUUCACAAUGUUCAUCAUCAUCAUCAUCAUCAUAUUGUUCAUUGCUGUGUUCAGUGAUGAAUGUGAGUCAUGUGACUCUCUCCUGGUACAAAGGAAACAGUUUAUUGUCCAGCAUCAGUGUGUCUCAUCUCAUCAGCAGUGUCUCUUUACAUCUGGAGGUGGAAAAUCAGGAUAAAAACACCUACAGCUGUGUGCUCAACAAUCCCAUCAGCAACCAGACCACACAUCUGGACAUCAGUCAACUCUGUCACACAUGUUCAGAAAUUCACUGUUGUGGUGUUACUGAAGCUGUGAUCCGAUUGGCCAUCACUGUUCUGGUGGGUGUGCCUGUUGUUGCUUUUAUAGUUUAUGACAUCAGAUCCAGAAACGCUGUGUAAAGCUCUGUUCUUUGUAAAUCUGCUCUGUAACAACGUGUGGUAAAAAGCACAAUAAAAAUAAAUACUGUAUUGCAAUAUGAAUAUGAAUACCUCAUUGCUAAUUGAGGGAUUGAAACUGUAGAUCAUUUCUGAUUGAAGGAAUAAACCAUGAUAACUGCACCUUGUUGGAACUGUCCACAUUCUCAUUCUGUCCAUAAGCUCAUUCUUU